UACUGCAAUUUCAUCUAUUUGGUUGUAAUUCGUGUUUCUCAGAGACUAUAAUAGAUAGAAUGGAUCCAAGAGAUGCAAAUGGAAAGUUGGAUGAUCCACAGAUCCGUCUCAUGUAUAAUCUGGAGAGCUGUGGAUAUGCAACAUCAAUUAUACCAGCAGAAAUAAUUGCUGUGGCAUCUGCGUCAUUCCGGUGACGUUUGCAGAUGCGUCGUGGUCCCUCGUUUCGCGCGUUCCUGAUGCUGUCGAUGAUUGCUAACCGGAAGAGAUGUUGCUGAACGUGAAUCUAAAGAAUUUCCCGUCCUUCCAAAUUGUCUGUGUGAUCGUCGUCGUUCUCAUUGUCCUGGGUCUCUUCUUCGGCGAAUUCGCGCGAUGGGUCUUCAAGUGGUCAAAGGAUAAGGACCCUGCUGAAGGCGAAUUCUUUCGAGGAUACCAAAUUGAUAAUCCCGAAAUCUGGAGGUACAAAUUUUGCAAGAGCAAAGGCAGAAACCAGUCUCCGAUUAACGUGAAGCCCGAAUGCAGCAUGGUUGUACCUUGCGGUACUCAGAAACCUUUGCUGUUUAACCAGCAGUACUUCAACAUGCCCAAAAGCAUAACCAUUAUGAAUGACGGUUACGGAGUUCUUGUCGGCACAUGCUUUACCGAUGAGUUUCCAACUGUGAGCGGUGGACCAUUGAAGUCCAGCUAUCGCUUCAAUGUAGCGCAAUUCAAAUGGGGACCCACUGAUGAAGAGGGUUCAGAGCAUACCAUCAACUCGAAGAGGUACGCCAUGGAAUUGCAGCUGAUGCACAUCAAGGGAGAGCAGAUCUACGAGAAUUUGGAUUGCGCUGUGCGCGAUAGAGCCGUGCUCUUCAUAAGUUACCUCUUCGAUGUGACACCGUUGGAUAAUCCAUAUUUAGCACCUAUCGUUGAUGUGCUGCCGUUCAUCCGGUGCGCCAACAGCUCGUAUCAUCUCAACCCGUUUCCACUGUGUUGGAUGUUCCAUCCAUUUCGCACUCGCUACUUCUUCUAUCAAGGCUCGAUUACUUGUCCCCCGUGCACGGAGGGCGUAGAUUGGAUCAUCCAACCAGAACCCCUGAGCAUAUCUUCGAAUCAAUUGCAGCGGUUCAGAAGCUUAAUGGCGAUUGACGGUGCGAUGAGGAGAAACACUAGGCCCGUGCAGAAAAUCAACAGUAGAACCGUUUAUUAUUACGAUUAAAAUUAUAUAAAUAUAUGUAUGGAUAACAGAAUUAUGCUAUUUAAAUUAGUUGACGAAGUU